GUGAAACACGCUGCUAAGCGUUUUUUGGCGCGCCACUCUUCGUCUACCUUCGAUUGUGGUUGGUGUGGACUUGUAAUUUUCCACAAUUUUUGAAGAUAUGUGCUGAAAGACGUUUUUUACUUGGCUUGUCUCAGACAGCACUCUCAGACGAUCAGACUCAAUCUGCGCUCUCCGGAUGGCCGACGUGGCGGACCUGCCGAACGGCAACGGUGCCGUCGACGCCGACAUUCCUGCCGACGGCGGCGGCGAUGCGGCGACCACCAACGGUGAGCCGGCCGUCCUGAAGGCGGCGGCGGCAGACGCGCCGGCGCCGGCACCGGCCGCGCCGGCCAGCACCGUCGACAUGGAGCGCUUCACAGUGCACGAGAGUCUGGAGCAGCUGGGCAGCCUGGUCACCGGGCCGGGCUCCAAGAAGGACAAGGGUCUGAUGUCCAACCUGCUCGGCAUCGGUCUACCCAAGUUGUCCCGAGACCAGCAGGACGCCGUCAACAAGGCUAAGAAGUUCGCCAUGGAGCAGAGCAUCAAGAUGGUGCUGAUGAAGCAGACGAUCGCGCACCAGCAGCUGCAGGCUAAGUCGCUGCAGCGGCAUCAGGCGCUGGUGCUCAUGUGUCGAGUCUACGUGGGCUCCAUCAGCUUCGAGCUGCGUGAGGACACAGUGCGGCAGGCGUUCCUGCCGUUCGGGCCCAUCAAGUCGAUCGAUCUCUCCUGGGACCCGGUCACGCAGAAACACAAGGGCUUCGCGUUCGUCGAGUACGAGAUGCCGGAGGCGGCGCAGCUGGCGUUAGAUCAGAUGAACGGUGUAAUUAUCGGCGGCAGGAACAUCAAGGUGGGACGGCCGAGCAACAUGCCGCAGGCGCAGGCUGUCAUUGACCAGAUCCAGGAGGAGGCCAAGAGCUACAACCGAAUCUACGUGGCGUCGGUGCACCAGGACUUGACCGACCAGGACAUCCGCAGUGUAUUCGAGGCGUUCGGUCGGAUCGUGACGUGCACGCUGGCUGAUGGCGGCACCGGCAGACAUAAGGGCUACGGGUUCAUCGAGUACGACACCCCGCAGGCGGCGAUGGAUGCCAUCGCCUCCAUGAACCUGUUUGAUCUGGGCGGCCAGUACCUGCGCGUCGGCCGCUGCAACACACCGCCUAACGCACUGGAGAUCCUGAUGGGCUCGCUGCCGCCGACUACAGGCGCUCAGGUGAUGCCGACGGCCUCCUCGCUGGCAGUAGCGGCCGCGUCGGCUCGUAUUCAGUCGAUGGAGGCCGCUCAACACACAGCUAAUGUUCUCCGGGGCGGAUUCAGCACGCCGCUGAACUCUCUGCCGAUCGGCGUGGCCGGCGCCACCCCGGCGAUACCGGCGCCGCCGCCGCCCGGGCCGCCGGUGCCGCUGAUGGCGACACCUGUGAACCCGCCGCCGAGUAUGCUGGCGCACGUGCUGCCGCCUCCGCCGGUGAUCACGGCCCCGCUCCAGCUCGGCGGUGCUGUGUCGGUGGCGGCGCCCUCGCUGCCGCCGCCAGCAGUGCUGACUGCGCCCCUGCAGCUCGGGGGUGGUGGCCCCGUGUCCUCGGCCGGCCCGGCUGUCAGUGUGCCUCCGCCCGGUGUGGUGGUACCCACGCUCGGAGCCGGCGGAGCGAUCCGCGUGCCCCCGCCGGGCGCCGCGGCGCAGCCGGCCGCCGGCGCCCUCACAGACGAGGAGCGGCGCCAGGAAGAGCUGCAGAAGAAGCUGAUGGAGGACGAGCCGCAGACGCUGCAACAGCAGGAGGACAUGUCCAUCAAGGGCCACUCGGGCCGACACCUGGUGAUGCAGCGGCUCAUGCGGCCGCAGGAGAGCCGUGUGGUGGUGCUGCGGAACAUGGUCGGCCCAGAGGAUGUGGAUGAUACGCUGCAGGACGAGAUCACCGACGAGUGCAACCGGUUCGGCCAGGUGAAGCGCGUCGUUAUCUACCACGAGGCGCAGGGCGACCACGACGGCGCAGAGGUGGUCGUCAAAAUCUUCGUCGAGUUCGCCGAGGUUCCGGAAGCGGAGGCGGCGCGCACGGCUCUCAACGGCCGCUACUUCGGCGGCCGUCUGGUCAGGGCCGAGCCGUACGAUAUGAGCCUGUACGAGCACGAAGAUCUCUCCGGCUAGCCGGUGCCGGCGGGCCGACGAGGUGCGUGCCCGCGCGGGCGGCGAGUGUGUGGGGGUGGCGUGGCCGUGUGCAAGUGUGCGCUGUGCGAGGGGCGGCCGCGGACGGCGUGCUCCUCUCGGCGGCGGCUAAUCUGUGUGGCGGAGGCGGUUUCAGGCGGCGGCCCGGCUCGAGAUGACCUGGUGGCUCUGCGGCCGUCAGGGCGGCGGACGGCGCGGCGACGGAGGACGACAUGGGCGACAUCAGGCGGACGGACGGCGAACCACAGCUUCCGAGGGCGCCCGGUAAGUAUCGCGGCAGUCAGCCGCCGUCCCUUUCCGUUCAGCCUCAUAUCGUCCACUGCACAAGUCCUGUGAAACACUAUCCGUCAUCCAUUACAUAUCAUGUGAUGUGAAGUUCUUACGUCUCCUCUAUUCGUCCAGCCCUUCUCUACAUGUGUCCGGUGUCUUCUGCACCUAGAAUGUCUGUGUUUUCGUGUCUCUUUCGGUUAAAUUACGGGACUUCCGAAUGUACCGAUUACUCACAGAAUAUGUGUCUGUGUCUCAUGUGUUUGCCGGCGACUCUGGAGUUUUCGAAGCGAGUCUCAGUCACGGUUCGGUGGCCUACCGCGUUCAGCGCCUAUCGCCGGCGGUACGAGUGGCGUCUGGAGGAAUCAGCCGUGCGUCGGAGCAGCCGAGCCCGGGACCAGCAGCUGACUGCGGCCGCCCCGUGUUUUUAUUGUUCGCAGACGUCUGUGCGUCGCCGCGCUGAGCGGAUAGGGCCGCGCCGGGCCGCGCCGUGCGCUCGCCGACCACCGGCCACUGGCCUGUUCCGCGACACGCCUCUAAAGUCUGCCCCGUCCCCCGCCCGGCCCGUGUCUCUCUCCCUCUCUGCCUCUGUUCAGCGGCUUAGCCGCGGCGUAUACUGAAACUGCCUGACCUGGCCCGAGGCAGUCCGUCCUCCCUCACACUCCGUCGUCCUGUCGCGUUAGCGGUCCUGCCCCUGGUCCGUCCUAUUCCAGCAGUCCGUCCGAGAUCCAUUCAUCAAAGAGCUAAUUGUUCACGUUGUGCUAUCAUUCUCUCAGUGUUGCGUGUCUCGCACUCGCGUCUGGAAUUCGACAUGUGCUUUACUCGUGCCUCCGUUUCAGUUGUGUCUCGGUAUGCUCGCGUUUCAUGUGCCCGAUCGCCAUGACUGGGUCACGACAAACGGUGAGCGGCGGCUGAGGGGGUCCUGGACGGCGCUCUGACGGAGGACGGAGCAGCGGGCGGCUUCCAGCGGCGGACGGAUGGACACACCGACACCGAGCGACUGCCAGCCGGCGGCCGGCGGCCCGCAGACACGAGUACGCCGCGACCUCUCCUGUCAUCAGCUCUGGAUGUCACCUCUGCGAACGUCGGGGCAUGUGAAGCUGCCCUUCUCAGCGUCCUACCAACGAAGCAUUGAGAGGUGACAGUCAUCAUUCAUAUGCCGCCAUGAGAGUGUAACACUCCGAAGUCACGUGUGCGAGUGUGCGCUUGAAAGUUCAUCAGCAUCAUCGUUCACCGUGUUCCAACGUCUGUGAGUGAACACUUGGUAGUGUGAGAGUGAUUUGCGCCGGCGCGGGUGUUUGACACGCAUUUGUGGUGUCUUGGCUGGCCAGUGCAGAGUGACCAAGUGUAACGUGACGCUGGACGUGACGCUAUUAAGCGUCAGACGUGUUUUAUUGUUCGGGUCAUGUGUGAUUUAUCUACUCCGCCAAUGCUGCCUCCGCCCACCGCCGCCGAAUGGGGCGCGUUUUACCGUCGUCUGAGUGACUGUGAGAGUGAGUUAGUGAGAGUGUGAAAGUGAGUUAGUGAGAGUGUGAUUUGCCGAUGUCCCGGCAGCCCCACCGUUCCCCGCGCGGACGGCUUUGUUUACCUGCGAGCACCGGAUGGAUGCGUGAGCUGUGUUUAAUGUACUCCCCGCGUGGGGCCGUCAUUUCAUUCCCCGGUUGGAAUGAGCAGGGGUUACCGUUAAGUGACCAGCGCCGUUCGCGACUGCGCUAGUUUGUGGUUGGUGCGGAGCUCAGGCGACCGGUGAGGUGUUUGAAGUGGGCGCGAACCCCACCGGCCCCACCCUGGUCCGCAGCGGCUGAAUACAUGGGUUAGUUUUU